GUUGUUGUGGUUGACGUCAACUUCCUUCUUGUAAUGUGAAAGCGGUCCUCCGAACAGGAAGAGGAUAAAAAGAGAAUUACACGACUAAACAGUGUGUUGGGUGUCCUGCAAAUGAGAAAGCAGAAUUGAAACUUUCCACGCUUAUGAAACAUGGUGCACGUUUAUAACUGCCAUCCUUACGCCUCACAGCAGAUAGUUCAGGUGGAGCAGGAGCCUGGGUUGGUCUGCUGUGGAGGCGGUGCCCUGUUUGUGGUCACGACUGGAGGAUGCAAGGUGGAAGCCUACAGUUUGGAUCUGGUAGGAUGCCCUCUUAUCUGUCGCUUUGCAACCAUGGGCACUGUGAGGAGCAUCCAGCACAGCAAUAUUGGAGACUACCUGGUCACCAUUGAGGAAAAGAACAGCGCCACCUAUCUGAGAGCCUACACCAACUGGCGUUACCAGGCUGAGGAAAAGGCUCGUGUUGGGGUGCGUCUGUUAGGCCACCUUCUGCGUGGGGCGUCUCAGCGGGGCGGAGUACAAAUGGAGAUCAUCGAGAUUCCGUUAUCAGAGCGUCCCGUUGCCGUCGCAUGCUGCUCAGUGACAGGCGACCUCCUGGUUGGCUGUGACAAGACUCUGGUUUUGUUUACUUUGAGGAGACAGAACCAGCAGAACCUGCAGAACAUGCAGCAACCUUCAUCCACACAACUGAAUUCCAGUCAGAGUAUAGAUCAAACCACACACCAAAGCUGGUCCUUUCUGGACUUUGAACGCUCUGCCAUUCUGCAUGUUGCAGGAACUAAACCUAAACAGGUAGCACUGUGUGCAGGAUAUGUCGCUAUGCAAGCUGACCUGGAGGUACUGGUCUUGAAACUGGAUACAACUCCUGAGCCCAACGAUCUGGAAGAGUCAUCAGAGGCACCAAGAAAUGAUCAAGCUGACGACCAGACUGACUUCCUGCUCAUUCCGAGACACCAGGAGUUGCUCGGUGAGAGAGCUAAAGACUGUAACGUCCCCAUCAGCAUUGAAAAAACGGGUCUGGAGGACGGAGGACGAAAUACCUUCUCAUAUGUUCUCUUUAGGCGUUUUACUCCAGAUUACUUCCAGGGUUGCAGUGUGGAAGAGACACACCUUCACUCCCUCAAACUCCACCCACUAUUCACAAGUCAAUCUCCGGUUGACGAACCGACUUGUGUGUUCUGCUUCUUCUCCCUUCCCACUGCGGGUUACCUGUACAGCUUAAAAGGCGGAGUUGAGCUUCUCUCGGCCUAUCAGUAUCCUGAGAAGGUCUUGGAGGCGGUCCUAACAGACCACCUGUUACAUGUCGUCACCAAGAGUGCGCUGCAAUGCUUUACAGUGCGGUGUGCAGCAGUGGCAGCCAGGUUUGAGGACCCCUACAUCGAUACUACCAUGAGGGCCUGUCCACCGUCCACCCUAGAAGUAUGCGCCCUCAGGAUACAGUUGUUUAUUGGCCUGCGGUCAGUAUGUGCUUACGGCCGUCAUGUCAUCCUGCUGUCUACCGCUGAUACCGAAACACCAGAGGAGACUGAACGCAACACACAGCGCAGAAGCCUGAGCAAGAAGUGGAUGAUUUCUACUCCCAAAGAGAGCAACCCUGUUGGACAUGGAUGGAACCUCUAUGUGGUUGAUACGGUCUCUCCACUCACGCUCUACAAAGAGAUGGUUGAAUACAGCCAACAUUAUGCACAGACCAACCUGCAGGCCCAAUGUCUUUGGCACCUCCUCAGUGAAGCUCACCUCCUCCUUCGUGCCGCCUUGCUUCAGUCUUCACUACAGCAGCACCAGAGCAAUGGUGACCCUGCAGACAGCCAUUCAGAGGCACAAGUCAUCGUUCAGACUGACGGACAAGAACUGGAAGAGGCACUAAGGGAGAACUGUGCACAAUUGGGAGACUGUUUCAGCAGGGGCAGCCAUAGGAGUUGUCAUCUGGCUUUGCCUUACUACAGAAUGUCUGGUCUGUCAGUCAGUGAUGUCAUGGCCAGGAACCGCCCCCAGCCCACCGAUCCACACUCCUACAACCCAGGCUUCUUGUUUUACCUGAAGCAUUACCUUUUAGAAGAGACCGAUCAGCAUCUUAGUCAGGAAGCAGCGGAUGAGCUCAUUGACAUUUUUAGCCAAACAGAGCCUUCACAGCUCAUCAACGUGUGUGCCAGCCCGACGAUGAUCAAUGUCAAUCCUUCUCGGACGCUCCGAAUCUUGCAACAUCUUGAGGACACCAUAGGGGUGUCCGUUGCACUGACAAUCACCAUGGCAACCAUGCUGCUGCGCUUGGACGAUCUGUCACAGUACACACAACUGAUGGAGAGACAUGCUGAGAUGGUGUUGGUGUAUGGCUUCAUUGAGGAGCCAAGGCUUUUGCUGCAGGGGGGAGACACAAACAUUUAUCCUACAGCCUUGACUCAGCAGAUGGUUAAGUCCCAGCCUGGUGUGCUCGUGGCUGCUAUGGUGGCGCUGCAUGAGAACAACAAAGUCUACCUUGAGCAGGUGGACGUUAUGUUUAAGGUGCUGGGUUGUGAACACAGUUUGCAGGUGGAUUUCUGGGAAGCAAUGCUUAUGGCCUCGUCACAGGACGCUGUCAUUCAGGAGCUUCUCUUCCGAUUGUCUUCCGUCUACAUAGACCGACUGAUGCAGACAAAUUCAGACAAACUUCAGCACAAACCCCUGGCACGCAGAUCCCUAAAAAGCGCAGAUGACCUAAUAAAUUCCUGCACUCACUAUGGUGCUUUGUAUCCGUGGCUCACCGUUCUCAGUCCGCCGCACACUACCAGCUCGCAGCACCAAGAGGCGUUUUAUAAAAUGCAGUCCCUCCUCUGUGGUCCAUCUCUGUCCGUGACCUCAGUCACGCCUUUGUUGGAAAGCCUGUCGGAAAAAACCAUAUGGGGCUUCAGCCUGCACCUUCUCUGCGCGACCAGAAGGGAGCAGUACGGUUACAGCAUGGAAAAGCUGCUGGACAGAUGUCCCCAGGCUAUCAUUGCCUAUGCCAAUCACCACUUACAAGAUACUUACAUGGCGUUGUGGUGGCAGAAGCUGCUCCCAGAACUGUGUAGUCGGACAAGAACUGCAACAGACAACAGCAUCCUGUUGGCUGCUCUCAAAGAGACACUGGUUGUAGUUGCCAUGGAGACAAGUCCUGCAGAGUUCUUGGAGCUGGUACCUGAUGACGGCACAGCCUCGUACUUUUUGCCUCACUUGUUGACCUGCAGCCAGAAACGCCUCCUGGCAUAACGUUCACACGAGUGCGUACACACACACACACACACACACACACACGUUACCAAUUCAAGUUUGGACACAUCUUCUUAUUUCAAUGCAUUGUCUUUAUUUUCAUGACUAUUUACAUUGUAGAUUGUCACUGAAGGCAUCAAAACUAUGACACAUGUGAAGUGAAAACCCUUUCAGGUGACUACCUCUUGAAGCUCAUCGAGAGAAUGCCAAGAGUGUGCAAAGCAGUAAUCAGAGCAAAGGGGUGGCUAUUUUGAAGAAACUCGAAUAUAAAACAUGUUUUUAGUUAUUUCACCUUUUUUUGUUAAGUACAUAACUCCACAUGUGUUCAUUCAUAGUUGUGAUGCCUUCAGUGACA